UGGGCCAUGCGGCCCAGAUUACAACACAAAGUAUAUACGGUGCAUGUUAGCAACUCCUACAUCCAGAUCACGUUAGCCAAAACACACACCGAUACACAUCGACAUCGUCAAUUCGUCAUUACGUAAGGUGGACUCUUCUUUCGGGUUUUCGAUAAUUCUAUUGGCCCGGUCAAAUCAUUGAACAAAAAUCCAAUCUUUUCUUCUUCUUUAAAACCCCUUCAAUUUUCAAGAUUCUUAUUCUUCUUGAAGCAAUGGCGAAAAUAGGGUUAUUUGAUCUUGAAAAACACUUUUCUUUCUAUGGGGCGUAUCAUAGCAACCCAGUGAAUAUCUUUAUCCAUAUGUUGUUUGUUUGGCCCAUUUUGUUCACAUCUCUUGUGAUUCUGUAUUUCACACCCACUUUGGUUCAUGUUUCUUUACCAAACAACUUGGUUUUGAACUAUGGGUUCUUGUUUACUCUGAUUUAUGCUGGGUUUUAUGUCUGUUUGGAUGUGAAAGCUGGUUCUUUAGCUGGUUUGAUGUGCUUUGUUUGUUGGGUGUUUGGGAGUUUUCUUGCUCAGCAUUUGGGAUUCUCUCUUGCUUGGAAGGUUGUCGUAGCUGCUCAAUUAUUCUGCUACACGGGACUAUUCAUAGGACAUGGCGUAUUUGAGAAACGUGCACCUGCUUUGUUGGAUAACUUUAUACAAGCGUACUUGACGGGGCCUUUCUUUGUGUUAUUAGAGGUACUUCAAAUGACAUUUGGUUAUGAACCAUAUUCGAGUUUUAAUGACAGUGUUAAAGCUAAAGUGGACGCCAACAUUGCAAAGUGGAAGGAAGAGAAGCACAAGAAAAACUUCUAAAUUAUAAGUCAAUGUCACAAAAUGUAAAUGGUGUUAAUAUUCUCACAAUCCUCAACUCUAUCUCUCUUUAUAUAUAUACACACACAUA